GCCGGAAGUGUCUCAUGCCGUUUGGCUUUCACGCCACGGGAAUGCCUAUAAAGGCCUGUGCGGACAAAUUGAGCCGUGAAAUGAAGGACUUCGGGUUUCCGCCAGUGUUUCCCGAAGAGACCGCAGACGAGUCGCCGGCCAACGCAUCGUCCAAUGAAUUGGUGAUCAAAGACAAGUCGAAGAGUAAACGAAGUAAACUUCAGGCGAAGACAAUUCAAGCGAAAUAUCAGUGGCAGAUAAUGCAAUCGUUGGGUAUGACCGACGAUGAGAUCGCAGAGUUUGCCGAACCUCUCCAUUGGUUGGAUUACUUCCCGCAGAAAUGGAUCGAAGACUUGAAUGCGUUUGGAUUGAGAGCCGAUUGGCGGCGAGUCUUUAUGACCACCGAUAAGAAUCCGUACUUCGAUUCGUUCAUCAAAUGGCAAUUCAUUCGUCUGAAAGAGAGGAAUAAAAUCAAAUUUGGCAAAAGAUAUACCAUAUUCUCGGCUAAAGACAACCAGCCGUGUAUGGAUCACGACAGGGCCAGUGGUGAAGGCGUCGGCCCUCAGGAGUACACACUCAUCAAAAUGAAAGUUCUCGAUCCGAAGCCCCAGAAACUCCAAAAGCUUAAGGCUGACAUUUAUUUAGUUGCGGCCACUCUUAGACCCGAAACAAUGUACGGACAGACAAACUGUUGGCUGAGACCCGACAUGAAAUAUAUCGCAUAUCGAGUGAAUUCGGGCGAAAUAUACAUAUCGACCAAUCGAUCGGCUCUUAACCUCUCGUUUCAAGGGUUUACUAAAGAGAACGGUGUUGUAGACAAAGUGCUGGACCUCUUGGGCAGUGACAUAAUGGGUGCUAAACUGAAGGCUCCGCUCACAUCUUACGAGAGUAUUUAUGCGCUGCCAAUGCUUACCAUUAAAGAGGAUAAGGGAACGGGUGUUGUGACGAGUGUGCCGUCCGACGCACCCGACGAUUUCACCGCCUUAAGGGAUCUGAAGAACAAACAGCCCCUCAGAGAGAAAUAUGGCAUCAAAGACAAUAUGGUUCUUCCCUUCGAACCGGUCCCGAUUAUAGAAAUUCCAGAUUUUGGUAAUUUAUCUGCGGUUAAAGUUUGCGAUGAUUUGAAGAUUCAAAGCCAAAACGACACACAAAAGUUGGCCGAAGCCAAGGAAAAAGUAUACCUCAAAGGCUUCUACGAAGGGGUUAUGAUUGUUGGCCCGCAUAAAGGCAAGAAAGUGUGUGACAUCAAGAAAGACGUUCAAAAGGAAAUGAUUGACCGCAAAGAAGCAGUGAUUUAUAUGGAACCCGAAAAACAAAUCAUUUCCCGAUCGGGAGACGAAUGUGUUGUCGCUCUUUGCGACCAAUGGUUCUUAGAAUACGGUGAGAAGAAAUGGAGAGAAGCGGCGGACAAAUCGUUGGCCCAAAUGAAUACAUACCACGACGAGACGCGAAGA